GUGUCCAGCCGAAAAGAGGAUGGAGGACGAGCCGCAGGAGACCCUGGACUAACGGAGGGUCUUUACAUUUUUACAUGGAACCUGUUUGUGUUUUCCUCAAAGAGUGGAUUUUAUGUUCAAACACUACAUGAGAAAAUGCCAUUUGCCAAACGGAUCGUGGAGCCCCAGUCGUUGUGCCGACGCAUAGAGACAGAUGAGGAGGGUUUACAGCUCCAGGACCUGUGCACCAUCAGCAAUGUGGCUCUGUCUCGGACCCUGCGCCAGCUGUCCGACCUGGCCAAACACGCCUGCUCGCUCUUCCAAGACCUGGAGCACGAGUUGGUCUCCACGAACCGGCGCGUUUGGGCGCUCCGGGAUAAAAUAAACAGGAUCCAAGUGACCACCGAGGCGCUCGACCCCAAACAGGAGGCAGUGCCGGUGUCUAAUCUGGACAUUGAGAGUAAGCUGAUUGGACAUUAUCAGGCUCCGUGGCACCUGCAGAGAAAUGUGUUCCUGCCGUCAACCCGACCCGCAUGUGUGGAAGAGCUGCAUCGAAACGCCAAACAGAGCCUGCGGGCUCUGUACAGAGAUCAGCAGCAGAGACAGGAAGCCAGUGAGAGAGAGCGGAGGGUGACCAUCUCCAUCUCCAUGGCUCCGCCCAUGCCCACCUACCCAUCACCACGCACGCUGAGGAGACGAGAACAGAGAGAGAGACAUUUGACAAUGGAAAGGACUGUGAGUGACAUAGAAACAAAUACAACACAAACACAGUUUCAAAGCACCCGGUCCUCCUCCCCUACUGAAUGUUGUCAUUUCUCUCCAUGGAGCAGAAAGGUUACCCCUCCAGUCGAGUCAGAUUCAGAAGUGUUGGGUCUGGGCAACUGGCCAAAGUGCCCAAUCCCAAACACACCCUCAACGCUGGACAAGCAGACCAAUUGGCCCGGAGUCUUGCCACUGCCCACCCCAGAGGAUAAGAUGAAGACCGACUCUCAAGUCGUCACCUCAUGCAUCGUUCCCAUUAAUGUAACAGAAGAGGGUGCCAUCGCUACUUCCCCUUCAGCGAUAUCAGCUUUCCUAAGGGUUGGUUUCGACAGAGAGGCCAGUGUGCGCUGCUCACUAGUCCACUCGCAGUCCGUUCUUCAAAGGCGGAGGAAGCUAAGGAGAAGGAAAACCAUCACUGGCAUUCCCAGACGUGUGCAACAGGAUUUGGACUCAGACGAGUCUCCAGUGGCCAGAGAACGUACAGUAAUAGUCCACACCAACCCUGAUGCUUGCCAGGAGGAUCCACUUUCUCAUCUCAACACCAAGGACUCUGGCUGCCAGACCGAGGAAUUCCUGAUUGUUGGAGCUGCACCUUCACGUAGACGGAUCAGAGCACAGAGGGGGCAGGGCGUGACUGUGACACUUUCCCAUUCAACUGGGAACAUAUCCUCACUGCCUGACAGCUCUGAAGCAAUGUUUACUGCUUCAGUGGGCUCCCGUCUGCGCUCCCGAAGCCUCCCACGAGAAGGAGGGCGUCUAGCGGACGAGGGUCACGAUGACAGUGAUGAGGAUGACGUUGAGGAAGAACUCUCCCCAUUUGAGGCCGAAGACUUCCUACCAGUCCCAGGGGAACAUAUUCUGAAAGAUGAUGAGGAAAGUACCGAUGAUCAAGCAGUCCAAGAAUGCCAGCAUGCUGGAGGUGCAGAGCAUGACUGGAUGGAGAGGGGUCGAUCCCGUCUGCCUCAGAAAGCUGACAUGGGCAGCUGUGAGAUUUCCUCCAGUUCUGACACGUUUAGCAGCCCCAUCCACUCCGUUUCCAAUGCUGGCAUGCUGACUAGCCAGAUGGACCACAAGGAGGAUCACCAGUCAUCAAGUGGCAACUGGAGUGGUAGUAGCUCUACAUGUCCCUCUCAAACAUCAGAGACCAUUCCACUGGCAGCCUCACCCCCACUCACCGGAUCAUCACACUGUGAUUCAGAACUCUCAUUGAAUGCAGCUACCAAUACAAAUUAUGAUUCCACAGGAUUCAUGAUUGAUUCAUAUCCUGGGGAUCCAUUGCAAGGACAUAGGACAGGUUCAUUCACCUCCACCAUAACGGAGAUGCUAGAUGAUGCAGGAGUCAGCACUGCCAGUGAAGGUGAGUGGAGCUAUCCACACUACAAGCCCAACAUGCCUUGCCACCCAGACUUCAGUCCUGAGCACUCUAGGGAAGAGAACCACCUAGAAUGUCCCAGCUUCACUAGCAUAGCUACUUUCGAGAGUUUAACAGAUAGACCGUCUUCUGAAAAGGCUGACACCACCUCACACUAUUCUGUAGAUGCUGAGGGCUACUUUACCUCCAUGCACUUUGACUGCGGUCUUAAAGGUAGCAAAAGCUUCACAUAUAACUAUGCAUCCAUAGACCAGCAACAAGCAGAAUAUGGACUUCAAGCAAACACACUUGGGAGGCAUAGUCUCUCCCUAAGGAAACCAAAGGUGAAGCCAUCCCCACCAAAACGCAGCACAUCCUUGAGUAAAAUAAGCAGUAAUGUUGAACCUUCUGCUGACAGGAAGGAACCAAAGAUAGCUGGUUGUCAAAAUAAAUCAACAUCUUCUGGGGACAAAACACAGCAUGUGGGGUUAAAUUGCUCCACAAGUCUGGGGUCUUGGGUUGUUGAUAGUUCUACAGAGAUUCCAGAUGUUGCUUUAUUUGGAUACACAGAAACACAUUCUUUCAAAGAUGAGGGAGUAGUACAGUCAGACUAUGCAGACCUCUGGCUUCUUAAUGACUUGAAAUCCAAUGAUCCUUACAGAUCAUUGUCCAAUUCCAGCACAGCUACGGGUACCACUGUCAUUGAAUGCAUUAAGUCACAGGAGAGCUCAGAAUCCCAAGCUUCCCAGUCAGGAUCCAGAGCCACCACGCCUUCACUACCAUCAGUGGAAAAUGAAUUUAGAUUGCCUUCACCAGAGAAGCUGGUAUGUCUAGCAUCUCCCUCUAGUGGCUACUCAAGCCAGUCAGAAACACCAACAUCUUCUCUGCCAACAGCUUUCUUCCCAAACGCUCACCAAGUGUCACCCACCAGUGGCAAGAGGAAACCCAAAGUUCCAGAGAGGAAGUCAUCGCUUGCUUCAUUGCAGCAGCAUUCAUCCAAGAGUGACCUUGAACUACCUAUCAUACCUCCCACCCACCUUAACCUAAGUGCCCUGCCAAAUGUCAACAAGCCUGCAAUUCACAAAAACCAGACACUCAUCCUAAAUCAGAGGAAACAGAAGGCUGCAGCAGAAAUUAAGUGUGAGAUUGUGGCCAGUUCGGUUUCAAAUGAUGAGCUAGCAAUCACCAAUCCUUUAGCCAUCACUCCUAAGGUUCUAUGUUCAGUUCAGCUACGUUCAGUUGGCAAAUCUGGGGAAGGUAGCCACUAUCGUCUUCGCACUGAUACUGCCACUAGGCCUAAGUGUCCCACUGUGAUUAUCAACUCCUUACCAACUCACAAUAAAUCCCAUGAAACUAGGAAACCCCCUCCAUAUAGACCCCUUCUCACAGAAGCACCCUCUCAGGACAAUUGUGAAACACUGUUUACACCAGUAGAUGGACUAGCUGCUAAGAAUAUAGCAAGCCAUUUUGGUGCAAGAAAUAGAUACGACCGACUAGCCACAUCACCUCUUUGGAGCAUGACUGCUUUUAGGGCCCAAUCUGAGCAGUUAAACAGGGAUGACAUCACUUCAGUCAUUUCAGACAAUUCUGCAAGUCAAGAAGGUAAAGUUGCAGAUGAAGAGAGCACAUCAAAUAUUUUUUUUGCCCAGAGCAAUCUGGAAAUAGAGCAAAACCAUCCAUUAAGAUCUGAGAUAAAUGAAGGAAGCCCUCCCCUGCUUCUCACACCUGGUCAGAAUGGUAUAGCAAAGAGGUCAGACAGUCUUGACCAAGUGCCUGAUAUUAUCAAUCAAACAUUGGAAAAAUCGCAAGCUUAUCCAAUCAGUGGUGCUGUUAACCAUGGAGAACAAUCUGUAACAUCAGGUGUUCCAACCAGAAGUGCCUCACAGGAACACGUAGAAGAAGGGUCAACACCUGACACGGAGGACUAUUUUAGCAAGGAGUCCACACCAAGCGAUUCAACUGUGUCACCUCUAACAGACGAAUCAAAAACUGAUGACGAUAGUGUUUUCCUUUCACCAAGUAAAGCUCGCACAACAGAGGAUCUCUUUGCCAUGAUUCACAGGUCAAAAAGAAAAAUGCUGGGCAGGAAAGAUUCUGGAGACAUGACAUCACAGAGCCGUUCAAGUGGCGUUUCUGGGAAUGGCCCUGCUACCAAUCCUGCGACCUCUCCAAGCACCCCGACCACGCCCACAAAUUCAAGUACUCAAAAUGUGUCCCAUAGAGCGCCUGGUCAAAUUUACAGGAGUGUCAAAAAGUCCAGUACCUCGAAUGAAGAGUUCAAAUUGCUGCUGUUGAAAAAGGGAAGUCGCACCGACUCUAGUUAUCGCAUGUCAGCUACUGAGAUCCUAAAGAGUCCCAUUGCACCCAAAAGCCCUGGUGAGUUCCUAAUGGAGGGAUCCAGACCAUUUGAGGAGCCACUCUCUCCUUUACAACAACAAUUUCCAGAGGGAUCACAUGAGCAAGUCUCCAGCCCCUUUCCAAAAACAUAUGCAGAGGGAUUCACCACAAAAGCUUUUCCAACAUCUGCCUCAUCUCGACAAGGCCGAUCAAGGAUGCCACCAGCUGCAAACAGUAGCCGCUACAGUACACGUAGUCGGCUGUACACAGCUCCUAUGCAGGCAAUAUCAGAAGGGGAAACAGAAAACUCGGAUGGUAGCCCUCAUGAUGACCGUUCCUCCUGAAAAUGCACCUUUGACUUUGAGUCUUGACACAAUCUUUGACAUCAAGUCAAAAUAUAAUGCUGAGCACUUGGCAUAGAUAAUGUUUUAAGUAUUUGUUUUUAAGAAGUCAGAAUACAAAAGACAAAAUUAGUCUGUUGAUUUUUAGUGGUGGUAUUCUAAUAACUUCCAGGAGCAUAUUUAUUUUAUGUGAAUGCUUUGUUUGUGUACCAACUGACAUUUCAUUUUGGGAUGAGAAAAAUCGAAAACCCAUCAAUUUGUAAGUAUUGACGGGGCAUCAAUACAGUGAUGCUAUUUUGUCACAAACUUUUAGCAUUGUCAAGCAAGACAUAAACAGUACUGUAUUGGGGCUAACUGUGAAAAUGGGUUCAGAUGGUGUUAAAAGAAGGGAAAAUCUUUCCUGUACCUUAAACACAACUGUUUACGGCAGACAGCUUGGGACAAUCAAAGAGUGGCCUUUUGUAUAGUUAGCUGAAGCAUUAAUGGGUUGAGUAUUUUUUUGAGUAGCAUCUCAGAUUUACUGUUAGCCUGUAAUGGAUCUUAUUGGGCAAGAAAUGUAGCUGUAUUUAAUUAUCCUAAUGGCCUACCACUAUUUUGCACUUCUUUUGGUAUUGAGAAAGUUUCCCAAAAUUUUACAGAACAAAAUUGCCACAUUAAUAAAAUGAAAAGUUACAGAAAAAUAAAUAUGUAUAUAUAGUAUAUGAAUUAACAAAAAAAAAAGAAACUGUAUUUUUAUUGACAUUAUGGACUAUCUGGCAAAUGUGUCACAAGCUUGUCCCCAUUGCGACACUUUUACGAUAUUGAAAGCCUUUUAUAAUGCAACGUCUAAAUUGAUGACCACGUGGCUCUUCCCUUAAUUCAAUAUUUAUCUUUUUUUAUUGAAUUUCUUAAAACGUACUUUUUGCAAUUUAGAGAUAGAAAAAUGUUGUUAAAAAUCAGCACAACCCAUUGUUUCUAUUUCAACAAAUUGAUCUGUUGAGGAAACACAACAACAGCUACAACAUGGUCACUAGACGUAUUCUGUGAAUACUGUACCAAAACUGUUUCUCAUUUAUUAAUGAUUUUAUUCUGCUUAUUGUGAGGAGUUUUUUUUUAUUAUUAUUGAUCACUGAACCACACAGCAGAACUAAUACUGUGCAAAUGUUUUACAGCCAAUUAAUGAAAUUAUGCCACUACCCCAGUGGUUGUAGAUUUGAUGUUUAACUGCAUGCAAUAAAACUUCAGAGAGUAGCCAAUAUGGGUAUGUUUAUUGUCCAUUCAAUGAAUUUUCCUCAAUACUGUAUGUCAAGACAUUUAUUGUGAGGUCAUAAGUUGUUGUUGUCAUAAGGGGGGGGGGGUUGUCCUCAAAAAUUCAGAUUGAAACACUAAACAACCUAUUUCAAAGACAUUUAUAUGUAGUAAAACGCACUACAUCAGAACAAUAUUUUAACAAGUGUAGAAGGUGAAGUAGAAGUUUUUAGAAGUGUGUAGUGCACGUGCUUUUGGUCAAGGAAAAGGAAUUUGCAGUUUGAGUUGCAUUGGGUUUGAAUUUGCGAUGUUGAGAGGGCAAUGAAGAAAGUUAAGAGAAGGAUAAAAAGUGUUGUCUUUGGCACAGAUGGAAAACAGACAUUCUUUUCUCUAUGCGGUUUCUGUUAAGUAGCACAGACAACUAAUCUAGCCAAAGAAAGAGUGCAGAUUGAGGUAUGUAGCAAUAUCAGACCGAGAGACAGAGGAAGUCUGCAUUAAGAGGGGUUUGUGUCUUGGUAUUUAUGUAGAGACAAAUUUUAUUUUCCUGGAUUUUUGUCUUCACAAACAAUAAAUCUGUGCUUUCAAGGAUGUGAAAAGGAUGCAAAUCAAAGGAGAAAGGACACACACAUAUAUAUAUAUACAGAGACGAAUUAUGACUUGCAAUGGCCCCGGGGCCAAUUAUCCCCAAGGGCCCCCCUCCAAAAGUUGUUGAGCUGGGAGGGGGUUUUCGUUUUCAUUGUUAAUGUGUAUUCAAGUGGGGGAUCACAAUCUGAAUCGUGCAACCAGGGCCCCCCCACAGGCAGUCAAGGGCCCCUGGGCACUGGCCCAUUUGGCCCGGUCGGUAAUCCAUCCCUGUAUAUGUAUAUAUAUAUAUGGACUUGUGCUACUGUUUUGGUUAUCUUUUCUCUCACAUGGAACUCUAAACUCUUUGUCUUAGUUUCCAUGACCCACCAUGUGUUUGUAAUGUUGGUACUAAAGCGGAAGGAUUAUUCGAAUUUUUGAAAAAUGCUGGAUUGUAUGAAAUAUUGGGCUUUGAUACAUUUCUAAUGACUACAGAUUUAUGUAUGGUUUAUUGACCUGUAAUGCUUUUCGUUUUGGAGUUUAAGCUUUAAUGGGAAACACUGGUUUAAAAAAAAAAAUUAUGAGUUUAGCACAGAAAUUACAACCACUUAUAAAUAAUAUAAAAAAAUGAUGUCAUAAGCUAUUUUGUGAAUGAUCCUCCAGUGGUGUAUUUGGCAUUUCUUUCAUGUGUUCUGCCCAUUGACCUUGUAAGAUUCUGUUGUUUCAGCAACCUAACUUCAUUGGUGUGAGAGUCAGUCUUUGGUUCAUUUACAGGACCAAGCAGAUUAUUUUUCUUCUGCUAUUUUAGCACUAAUAGCUACCUGCUGACUUCUGAUUAAAACUAGCUUUAGGUGAAGACUGCAAAGGGAAAAACACUAUAAUCUUAAUUUAAAUUGCAAAUCUAAAAGGCAACAAAGAGUGUUCAUUAUCUCCUGUGACAUCAGAGGGUUGCAGAUGUGUGUAAGCUACCAUUCUAACAUUGUAAAGUCUCAUCUUAAAAGUUGCACUGAUUUAGCACGUUUGUGAAGGUUUUCACAUUGACUUUUAUUGUCCCUAAGGCUAUUUACAGAAAAAGUUCAAACCAAAAAAUAGUCAAACACAAAACGUAAUUAUAAAUUGAGCAUAAAGUUAAUUGCACGCUUGAUUUGUAACGUGCAAAGAUGUGCGUACCAAAGGAUUUCAGAGUUAAGCGUGCUAAAGCAAAACAAAAGUUACUGUCUCUCCUGGUACUAGACGGAGGUCUUCAAGUAACUAAAAUGAAAUAACUUUUUUUGUACAUAUUUGUAAAUCUAAAUUCUUUUUAAACCAUUUCCAGGGUGUUUCUUAUGUAAAGUGUUUUCAAAGUUUACAUUAAUUAUAAGCCUUUGUAUAUUUUUGAUCUGUGCAACACUUUGAGUCUUGUAUUUAUUUUUUAGUAAACUUGUUGGAAAGUCCCAUUGUAAAAUGUCUCUAAAACCGUUUGCCAACUUGACUGGCUGUUUAGUAAAUGUGCAUAGAAGAGGCCAAUAAA